CUAGUGCACAAUUGGUCGAUAACGUCGUAGCCCAGUAGGUAGGUUCCUUACAUGGAAGCUGUUUAAUCCACGGAGAGCUGCAAAUCUACAGGCACUAUCAGCAUUUCACUCCUUAAACAGAUUGCACGAUUUGCAUUGAUUCACAGCCAACCUAUCCAUAAUUCCACCCUUGUCGUGAGAAACCCGCCUAGCCGGCCACCAUGGGCUUCAUAUCGCGAAUACUCACACUCUUCGGGCUCGUUCUGCUCGCACAUGCAGGCUACUCCGCCCACGAACACACAGUUCUAUACAGUAACGUGCGCCUUUCCUCAGCCUCCACCGCGCUUCCCCACGAUAUCGUCAUCGAGGCCUUGGUCUCCCUCGUCAUCGUCUCCGCGGGCCUCGUGCUAGGCACAGAGAAACUCAAGCCGAUUAGCUGGAGCGAAUGGGCAGGGGAGAUUGAGAGGGAAGGUGGCGCCAGGAAUCCUUAUCUGCGGCUGGAGGAGCGAUACGGUUUCUGGGAUAUCAGGGCGAAGAGAAAGGAAUUCGCGGAAUGGGUUCGGGGGAAUGAUGCCUUGGCGGAAGCGAAAUGAGGAGGAUCAAUAUCUUGAGAUGAGGUUAUGUUAUGGUACAUUGAUAGAUCGCCUCGAUUAUAACUGAUGAGGGGCAUCUGCCUCAGCAUCAUGAAUUCUUUCUGCACUAUCUUUAUGAUUUUGAACAUGCUCGAUGGUCCGGUCCUAGUAUCUCCGCGAUAUGCUUCAGAAGGCAUUCCAAGAACUGGUCAUGAAUUACGGAUUUGGCGAUUGCCUAGGAGCUACGAAAGCCAUAUCAAUGAAGAGAUGAAACGAGGUACAGGUCGUUACAUGAAAGUACACGCCAUGGCUUGCCUAGGUCUAUGCAGUAGGCGAACGCUUCGCUUAUGGGGCCAUCAAUGAAGGGCCAACGAAC